CUCGUUUCUUAGGCAUGAAUCGUGGUGAGCGGGAAAACAACCCUCCGAUUUUGGGAACCGAAAUCACGAAAACUACAAACAGCAUCCAGGAAAUACGAACUCGGAUGCACCAAGAUUGUGAAUCGUCCAAAUGAUCGUUAGAUCAUCAACGAUAUUAAUUGUUUAGGGGGAAUAUGAAAUGGUUGAUUGUUAUCAAGUCAUUUUUUAAAAAAAUGAAUCUUUUUGUUCGGCGAGAUGAGUUAUAGAGUGGGCCCCUGAUAAGGCGUCAUCGCCCGCUAAAAGGUACAGGAACCAAACUCCGAAAACCGCUGUUUGCUUUUUCUUGAAACCCGCGCGGCCACCGACAUUGAAACAGAUCUUCCUUCUUAAUAUCAAUUUACUUAAAAGGAGUUUCGCAUCGCCAGGCCCUUCACCCAUCAACUCCGACCCCAAAACCCCAAUCAUCCCGCCCAAAAGCCCUCACCUUGAAAAAAUGGCAACCAACAUCACCUGGCACGAGUCCCUCCGCCGCAGCGAGCGUGAGACGCUCCGCGGACAGCGCGGAUACACGAUCUGGUUCACUGGUCUCUCUGCGUCCGGAAAGUCUACCAUUGCGACGGCGCUCGAGCAGCACCUUUUGCACCUUGGUGUGGGCGCGUACCGUCUGGAUGGCGACAAUGUGCGCUUUGGGCUGAACAAGGAUCUGGGCUUCUCGGAGGCGGACAGGAACGAGAACAUUCGCAGAAUUGCAGAGGUCGCGAAGCUCUUCGCCGAUGCCUCGACGGCGACUCUCACAUCUUUCAUCUCGCCCUACAAGGCCGACCGCAAGAUCGCCCGCGACCUGCACGCCACCGUUGCGGAUGGCGACGAGCCAAUCCCCUUCAUCGAGGUGUACGUCGACAUCCCCAUCGAGGUUGCCGAGCAGCGCGACCCCAAGGGCCUGUACAAGAAGGCACGCGCGGGCAUAAUCAAGGACUUCACCGGUAUCUCUGCGCCUUACGAGGCUCCAGAGGCGCCGGAGAUCCACAUCCGCUCUGACAAGGUCAGUGUCGAGGAUGCGGUGGUGCAGAUUGUGGAGUACCUGAAGUCGAAGAACCUGCUGCCGGCGGCUGCGCUGAAAAACUAGGGGAGGGAUGUAGGGAGAUAUUUAUGAUUACGAUGAUGG